UCCGCCGCGUUUCCCCGCCGUCACCAGCGCCAUCGAUCCAAACACGACGACAUCUUCCACUCACGACUUGUGGCUCGUCUGCCUUCGAUCUUCUUUUCAGAAACUCCCUACAGCCUCCUCCUGCUCAGAAGCAGCUUGUUAUCCGCCUCCUAAUCCGCCAUGUCUGUCGAAAUCGAGCCCCUUGAGCUGUCAUUUAGGCGGCCCUUCACCGUCGAGGUCUCGCAGAUCCUGAAGAUCAGAAACCCAAGUUCAUCGCCUUUGGCCUUCAAGGUCAAAACUACGGCUCCUAAGCAAUAUUGUGUUCGACCAAAUGCGGGCCGUAUCGAGCCUGGGCAAGACUUUGAUGUCACUGUCCUCCUGCAGGCCAUGAAGGCUGAUCCUCCGCUGGAUGCCAAGUGCCGAGACAAGUUUCUCGUCCAAUCCGCUCCCAUCACUGCAGACAAGGAAUUCGCUACUAUUGCUUCAGUGCUCGAGACCACAGACAAGGCCAGCAUAUUUGAGCGAAAGAUCCGAGUCAACUGGCUUGCUGCUGGUGAAAGCCCCGACAAUGGCCCCAGUGCAGCUCACCCCGCCAAUGCGACACCCAUCAAGCAAGCAGCGGUGAAUGGAUCUUACGAUACUCCCGAACCAACUCGAGCUUAUUCAUCUCCAAGCGGCGACGCCUCAACCCCCGCGCCACCUCCGUAUGUCGACGAAAAGGAAGACGACGAUUCUAGGCCGCAAACCGCAAAGUCAGCAGCGUCCAAGACUGCUUCUGCCGUUGCUGGUACAGUCCAGUCAGGCACCGACGAACUCAAGGCCAAGAUCGCCAAGCUUGAGGCUGAAUUGGCAAACUACAAAGAUGGCGGCCUGAGACAGCGUAAUGUCAAGGGCAGCUCAAGCAGUGAGAAGGGCGCUGCCGGUGCAGUUGCUCAACAAGCCAAGCAAGGCGUCGAGGGUGUACCCGUUCAGAUUGCAGCCAUCUUGUGUCUCGUCAGCUUCCUUCUUGCCUACCUAUUUUUCUAGAUUUAGGUCUCUCUUGAUGAUGAGCAACACGCAACUUUGUGUUUUUUCCUAAACUAAUAUAGGCGAGAGACAUGGGAGGAGAAUCAAUUAUAGGGGUUAUACCUGCUGCAUUAGGAGAAGCAUUGUCGCCCAAC